UUUACUUUGUAAUUCAGGGUUUACUAGUUGUCCGUCUUAUCUAUUAACAUAUGCGGAUAUACUAAAAACACCUCGCCGCCGACUCCUUGAAGAAAUGGGUGUCCGGAGAAGCUAAGCGUCUACCUUUCCACUCCACGAAAGUUCUGGACCAACGCUCAGAUAGACGGAGUAAUCGUUGUACAAUGGCAGCCCUUGAGAAUACUUCUCUACGAGGCAUCCAGACUGAAGAAGGAGAAGCAACCCCAGAAGAUGACCAAAAGUGGGACACGAAGGCAGGACCCAAGCCGGGACAACAUACUAUGCUGGGAAAAGCACAUGAGUUUUUUCAGAUAUGUGACAUAGAAGACAAAGGCUUUAUCACGCGAAGAGAUAUGCAGAGACUUCAUGGCGAGUUGCCACUUAGUUUGGAGGAACUGGAGAAUGUUUUUGAUACGUUGGAUGCCGAUGGCAAUGGUUGCCUCACCUUGGAAGAAUUCACUACAGGAUUUAGUCAAUUUUUGUACGGAGACCAAAUUUCGGCACAGAAGUUUACUUUUGGUGAGCUUGCCGAACGGAUAGAAUUUGAGAACGCUUAUCAGACAAAAUGGGAGGAAAGCGCUCAGAAAGCAGAAGAUGAUGAAAAUACUCAGUUCUACAGCUUGAUUGACAGCUUAGGGGCAAACAAAGUCUUGGAAGAUGAAAUUCACAUUAAAAAAUUAUGGAUGGAACUGAAAAAAGACGAACCUCACCUGCUUACGAGUUUUGAAGAAUUCUUAUUCCGAAUUUUUUCCCAACUCCACGAAGCGAAUGAAGAGAAGCAUGAAAUGGAAAACGCUCUCAAGAAGAAGAUAGCGACGUACGAUGUCGAAAUACAGAACUUAUAUGAGGAGAUGGAGCAGCAAAUAAAGUCAGAAAAGGAACAGUUCCUGCUAAAAGACACAGAAAGGUAUCAAUCACGCAGCCAGGACCUGGAGCAAAAACUCGCAUCGAAAGAACAAGAAUUAGAACAAAUCUUCAACAAGCAGAAGAGGCUGGAGACCCAAUGCAUGGAACUGAAUAACGAUAAGCAUGAAACAAAAGCAGAAAACGAAAAGUUGAAGUUUACCAAUAAGGAGAUGAGAAGAGAGCUCGAGAGAACGUCUCAAGAGUUAUUAACGGCGCAGAGACAGCUGAAGUUCCUGCAGGAGGAAGCCUCCCAGCUGCACGAAGAGAGAGAAAUGGAAGUAUACCGGGUGACAGAGAGCUUGCAGCGUGAACGGAUGGCUCUGUUGAAACAGCUUGAUCUGUUAAGGGAAAUGAAUAAACACCUGCGAGAUGAACGUGACAGUUUUUUGCAGAAAUCCAAGGGAAACAUCACAUCAACGCUGCGGAAUCAGAGAUCAGGAUCCAUAGUUGGCAAAUAUUUUGACAGGAAGCAGUCAGUAAAAAGCCAGUCAUCUGAGGAGGAUGAAGUAUUUUCCAAAAAAAGUCCUGUUGGUGUAAAUGGGUGUCUAUCAUCUACUACUGAAAAUGACAGUGUAGAGGUCAGACAGAAUGCAAAUCAACAUCUACAAAGGAUAAUAUCAAUUGAGGAAGAUCCUCUCCCUCAGCUUCUUGAAAGCCAUCUUGAAAGACCAUUACAUGACUGGAGAGAAGACAACGAACUUGAACAAAAUGCCCCGGAUGUAUCUGAAAACAUCACAAAGGAAGUUGGACUUUCUAGUGAAGAGGUUCCGUCUUCUCCAAGGGGACAACCGGUGGGAAAGGAGACAUUACCAAACGAGGAACGGGUGUACUCGCCUCCGGAUCGGGUUUUCAAAAUCGUGAUGGUUGGCAACUCGAGCGUUGGAAAGACGUCAUUUCUUAGAAGGUUUUGUGAAGACACCUUUUCUCCUGGGACUUCAGCAACUGUAGGUAUUGACUAUAGUGUGAAGACGGUAACAGUGGAUAAUUCUCAAGUCGCGCUGCAACUCUGGGACACAGCUGGACAAGAAAGGUACCGCAGCAUAACCAAACAGUUCUUUAGGAAAGCAGACGGGGUCAUUGUAAUGUAUGAUAUCACAUCCAAGGACUCGUUUACUGCGGUACGGCAAUGGCUGAGCAGUGUGGAGGAAGCUGCUGGAGAAAACAUACCAAUACUGCUCUUAGGUAACAAAGUAGAUAUUGAAAAAGAACGAGAAGUCCCUUGCGGCUUAGGAGAACAUUUAGCUAAGGACUACAAUUUUAUGUUUUAUGAAAGCAGUGCCUCUUCAGGACACAAUGUAAAGGAAUCUGUUGUACAUUUAGCAAGGAUUCUGAAGGAACAGGAAGAUAAAGUGAAAGAGAAGACCGUCCGUCUACUUGACUCGCCAAAGAAAAAUAAAUGCUGUUCCAGACAGUAGACCACUUUUUGACAAAACUUCACACACUACCAGUUUUAGACGAGUUUCGAUAUUUGCACUUUUUUGAUAGAACAUAAUUUGCCCGUCCUGUUACACUA